AUGACCGGAACACGACUCAAUUAUAGCCCCUUGAACCCAGUUACUUUCUCUACUGCUGUUGUCCUCUCCCUUGGUAACGUAUUCGCUCUCGGCAGAGCCUUCUUCUUGCCCACAAUCAUUACAGCUCUGAGACGUCUAAUCCCGCAACAUCACCAUGCCGCCUUUCCAACUUUCCAACUCUUCAAUAUCGAGCUUGACAGUUUGCCUAAACCCGAACUUGCUGUAAAAGCUUUCAAGGCCAGCCAGACUGACAAGCCAGGCGACCGAGCCUUGCUCAUCUACACUUUGCAAGUCGUGCUCCAGCAGCAUUUGCCCAAGUCCCUGGCCUUGAAGAACAGGAUCGAUAGCAAGUAA